CACGCAGAGACAGAGAAGCUUCAGAGAGAGGGAAAGAAGAGGGGGUCCUUCCUGACCCAAGGAAUUACCACUAGUGGAGUAAAGCCAUCUGACUUUUUAAUCUUAUUUUGGUUGUCUCUUCUCUUCCUCCACUCACAGCUCUACCAGCUUGGGUUUCGUUUCUUUCCUGAAGCCUUCUCUCUUCCUCCCAGAAAAGGAGGAAGGGAAGAGAGAGAGAGAGGUGGACGCUCUAGAUGAGUGCAUCAGCUGGUUUCAGCCCGAAGAGACAAGAAUUAUCUGCCUAGGAAGCUCCUCUGUUCUCAGGCGCCCACCGCCAACCCGGGUGUCUGCAUCCUUUAACUGUGCAGAGGGGCAGAUCUCUUCUAGAGUUACGAUUAACGAGCAUACCACCAAGAGAAAAUAUCAGAGACAACACCACAGAGAUUCCUAAAACUCCAUGCUGGGUACUGCAGGCAGCUCUUGAACCAAGCUCUGGGUGAGAAGAUGGGGACAGAAGGGGAAACAGUAGCCCUGAAGAACAUGUUCAUUGGUGUCAACUUGAUCCUACUGGGCACUAUGCUCAAGCCCUCUGAGUGUCAGCUGGAGGUGGCCACAGAAAGGGUCCAGAGACAACCGGUGGAGGAAGAAGGAGGGGUUUCCAGCUACAAUACAUCCAGCAAGGAGCAGCACAUGGUCUUCAACCAUGUGUACAACAUUAAUGUGCCCCUGGAGAGCCUCUGUUCCUCAGGGCUAGAGACCUCGGCUGAGCAGGAGUUGAGUGCCGAAGAUGACACUCUGGCAGAGUACACAGGCCAAACCUCAGACCAAGAGAGCCAGGUCACCUUCACCCACAAGAUCAACCUCCCGAAAAAGGCCUGCCCAUGUGCCAGCUCUGCCCAGGUACUGCAGGAGCUGCUGAGCCGGAUCGAGAUGCUGGAGAGGGAGGUGUCGCUGCUGAGAGACCAGUGCAAUACCAACUGCUGCCAGGAAAGUGCUGCCACAGGACAACUGGACUAUAUUCCUCACUGCAGUGGCCAUGGCAACUUUAGCUUCGAGUCCUGUGGCUGCAUCUGCAAUGAAGGCUGGUUUGGCAAGAACUGCUCAGAGCCCUACUGCCCUCAGGGUUGCUCCAGUCGGGGUGUAUGCGUCGAUGGCCAGUGCGUUUGUGACAGUGGAUACAGCGGGGAUGACUGCUCCGAACUCCGAUGCCCUACAGACUGCAGUGCCCGGGGACUCUGUGUGGAUGGGGAAUGUGUCUGUGAAGAGCCCUACACAGGCGAGGACUGCAGGGAGCUGAGGUGCCCUGAGGACUGUUCAGGGAAGGGGCGAUGUGCCAAUGGUACCUGCCUGUGCCAGGAGGGCUACGCUGGUGAGGACUGCAGCCAGCGACGGUGUCUGAAUGCCUGCAGCGGGCGAGGACACUGCCAGGAGGGGAUCUGCAUCUGUGAGGAGGGCUACCAGGGCCCUGACUGCUCAGCAGUUGCCCCUCCAGAGGACUUGCGAGUGGCUGGUAUCAGCGACAGGUCCAUUGAGCUGGAAUGGGACGGGCCGAUGGCAGUGACGGAAUAUGUGAUCUCUUACCAGCCGACGGCCCUGGGGGGCCUCCAGCUCCAGCAGCGGGUGCCUGGAGAUUGGAGUGGUGUCACCAUCACGGAGCUGGAGCCAGGUCUCACCUACAACAUCAGCGUCUAUGCUGUCAUUAGCAACAUCCUCAGCCUUCCCAUCACUGCCAAGGUGGCCACUCAUCUCUCCACUCCUCAAGGGCUACAGUUCAAGACGAUUACAGAGACCACCGUGGAGGUGCAGUGGGAGCCCUUUUCAUUCUCCUUCGAUGGGUGGGAGAUCAGCUUCAUUCCAAAGAACAAUGAAGGAGGGGUGAUUGCUCAGCUCCCCAGCGAUGUUACCUCCUUUAACCAGACGGGACUGAAGCCUGGGGAGGAGUACAUUGUGAAUGUGGUGGCACUAAAGGAACAAGCCCGGAGUCCCCCUACUUCGGCCAGCGUCUCCACUGUAAUUGAUGGACCCACGCAGAUCCUGGUUCGAGAUGUCUCUGACACUGUGGCCUUUGUAGAGUGGACCCCACCUCGAGCCAGAGUUGAUUUCAUUCUCUUGAAAUAUGGCUUGGUGGGUGGGGAAGGCGGGAAGACUACCUUCAGGCUACAGCCUCCCCUAAGCCAGUAUUCGAUACAGGCCCUGAGGCCUGGCUCUCGCUAUGAGGUGUCUGUCAGCGCAGUCCGAGGGAUCAACGAGAGCGAUGCCACAAGCACCCAAUUUACAACAGAGAUCGAUGCCCCCAAGAACUUGCGAGUUGGUUCCCGCACAGCAACUAGCCUUGAUCUUGAGUGGGAUAACAGCGAGGCAGAAGUUCAGGAGUACAAGGUUGUGUACAGCACCCUAGCAGGAGAGCAGUACCAUGAGGUGCUGGUGCCCAGGGGCAUUGGUCCAACAACCAGGACCACCCUCACAGAUCUGGUACCAGGCACAGAAUAUGGAGUUGGAAUAUCUGCUGUCAUGAGUUCUAAACAAAGUGUGCCAGCCACCAUGAAUGCCAGGACUGAACUUGACAGUCCCCGAGACCUCAUGGUAACAGCCUCCUCAGAGACUUCAAUCUCCCUCAUCUGGACCAAGGCCAGUGGCCCCAUUGACCACUAUCGAAUUACUUUUACCCCAUCUUCUGGAAUUGCCUCAGAAGUCACUGUGCCAAAGGAGAGGACUUCGUAUACACUGACAGAUCUAGAGCCUGGAGCAGAAUACAUCAUUUCCAUCACUGCUGAGAGGGGUCGGCAACAGAGCUUGGAGUCUACCGUUGAUGCCUUCACAGGCUUCCGCCCUAUCUCCCAUUUGCACUUUUCUCAUGUGACCUCCUCCAGUGUCAACAUCACCUGGAGUGACCCAUCUCCCCCAGCAGACAGACUCAUUCUGAAUUACAGUCCUCGGGAUGAAGAGGAAGAGAUGAUGGAGGUCUCCUUGGAUGCCACCAAGAGGCAUGCAGUCCUCAUGGGUCUACAGCCAGCCACUGAAUAUAUAGUGAACUUGGUAGCUGUCCAUGGUACAGUAACCUCUGAGCCCAUAGUGGGUUCCAUCACUACAGGAAUUGAUCCCCCCAGAAACAUCACAAUCAGCAAUGUGACUAAGGACUCCGUGACCGUUUCCUGGAGCCCUCCUGUUGCAUCUUUUGAUUACUACCGAGUAUCAUAUAGACCCACCCAAGUGGGACGGCUGGACAGCUCAGUAGUACCCAACACUGUGACAGAAUUCACCAUCACCAAGCUGUACCCAGCUACCGAAUAUGAAAUAAGCCUCAACAGUGUGCGGGGCAGGGAGGAGAGUGAGCGCAUCUGCACCUUGGUACACACAGCCAUGGAUAGCCCUGUGGAUCUGAUUGCUACUAACAUUACCCCCACGGAAGCCCUGCUGCAGUGGAAGGCACCCAUGGGUGAAGUAGAGAACUAUGUCAUUGUUCUUACACACUUUGCAGUCGCUGGAGAGACCAUCCUGGUUGAUGGAGUCAGUGAAGAAUUCCAGCUUGUUGACCUGCUCCCUAGCACUCACUAUACCGUUACCAUGUAUGCCACCAGUGGCCCUCUCACGAGUGGCACCAUCGCCACCAACUUCUCUACCCUGCUGGACCCUCCUGCCAACCUGACAGCCAGUGAAGUCACUAGACAAAGUGCACUGAUCUCUUGGCAGCCACCCAGAGCAGAGAUUGAAAACUAUGUCUUGACAUACAAAUCCACCGAUGGAAGCCGCAAAGAGUUGAUUGUGGAUGCUGAGGACACCUGGAUUCGCCUGGAGGGCCUGUCAGAGAACACUGACUACACAGUGCUCCUGCAGGCAGCUCAGGACGCCACACGGAGCAGCCUCACCUCCACUGCCUUCACUACAGGAGGCCGGGUGUUCUCUCAUCCUCAGGACUGUGCACAGCAUUUGAUGAACGGAGACACUCUGAGUGGAAUUUAUACCAUCUUCCUCAAUGGGGAGCUAAGCCAGAAGUUGCAAGUAUACUGUGACAUGACCACAGAUGGUGGUGGCUGGAUUGUAUUCCAGAGGCGACAGAAUGGUCAAACUGAUUUUUUCCGGAAAUGGGCUGAAUAUCGCAUGGGCUUUGGAAAUCUAGAGGACGAGUUUUGGUUAGGGCUGGACAACAUCCACAGGAUAACAUCCCAGGGCCGCUACGAGCUGCGUGUGGAUAUGAGGGAUGGACAGGAGGCAGCCUUCGCCCAUUAUGACAAGUUCGCUGUGGAGGACAGCAGAAGCCUGUACAAACUCCGCAUAGGCGGCUACAAUGGCACUGCAGGAGACUCCCUAAGUUAUCACCAAGGACGCCCUUUCUCCACUGAGGACAGAGACAACGAUGUUGCUGUCACCAACUGUGCCAUGUCGUACAAGGGUGCUUGGUGGUAUAAGAACUGCCACCGGACCAACCUCAACGGGAAGUACGGGGAGUCCAGGCAUAGUCAGGGGAUCAACUGGUACCACUGGAAAGGCCAUGAAUUCUCCAUCCCUUUUGUAGAAAUGAAGAUGAGGCCCUACAACCACCGUCUCACAUCAGGGAGGAAACGGCGAGCCUUGAAAUUCUGAGUAGUGGGCAGCCACCAGCCAAAUGAUCUUUUCUGUCAUAUGUUUGUAUUUUAUAAUAUGAGACAAGGGGGGAGGGGCAACAGUAAUGUGCCAAGUAUCUGAAGGAAGCAGGGAUCAGUUAAUCACCAUCUGCUCAUAGUUUCUGCUGCCUUGGAGCCUGACUUUCAGGCUACAUGCUCUCUCCUAAAGAGUCAUCCCUAGCCAUGCCCUCCUUUCCCACAAAGGAGGAAAAGUGGGGCAUUUAAGAGAGCCGUUCAAAGGCCAGCCAUGGAGUACAAAUUGCUGUGGCAACAGGCACACACCUUCUUUUUCUACCCCCCUUCUUAGACAGUGAUCUGGUCAUAGCCAUCCAUGGCCAGGUGAUCACAUCAACCCAGAGGAACCUCAGCAAGGGAACUUGGCCAGUCUUCCCUUAAGAGAAAAGACAUCUACCACAAUCUCACCCAACAGCCCAAGCACAUUGAAAAAAGGCUAAAGAUUCUCAUGUUCUGACCCCUUUCAUGAAGAGUGAUCUCUCUUGUAGCCCUAUUCAACUCUUCCCUUAGACUCUACCCUAGAGUCUACAGACCCACCAACCCAACCAUUGUUUUGGACUCUAGUUUCCAAGGCUAUGCCUACUUCUGGCUAUGGGUUGUGCCCCUGUGGGUUUUAAGCCACUGCUCCCAUCCUCGGUCAGUCAAUAACUUCCUUUGGUCAUAAGAAAAGAGGAAGCAUUUUGUUACUCACAUGUUAGGGUCAGGCAUUGAAGAAAGGACAGAAGAAAUCCUGGUGCCUGCUGUGCAAGUCUAUUGGUCCCGUUGGAAACAGAUCUUACCUAGUACUGCUUUUUACAUUUCUGAUCUGAUAUAUCAUGAAUUCUUUUUCCUGAUGUCCAAGCUGAAGACCUAUAUUUCUGUUCCCUGCCGGCUUUCCUUAGUAUAGGUGGCUUAGCAAGAGUCAGGAGAUUAUACAGCUGGCUAGCCAUUCCCCUGGCUGAUAAUUCUGGGAGGAGGUAGAAUGUUUUGGUUUUUUUGUUUGUUUGAUUUUGGUUUUUGUUUAUUUGUUUUGAUCCUGUGGGAAACAGAAAUGAUCCCUCAAUGAGGUGAAAUAGUGAAAAACCUUUCUCCAUCUUUUAUUAUUCUGCUUUGGGAGGAAAAAUUAAAGAUGCCAGAGGAAACUACAUCUACAAAUCCAAAGGUGAGAGGAGAGCGUAUCUCCCGUGUGAUGAGGUGUGCUGCCUCCCCCCCACCACACACACACACAUGAUUUGAUUUUUAAGCCCAGGGGAGCUGGAGGUUGUAGAAUCCUUGACCUUUAAGCUUUUCCUCAAAUCAAAAGCCAGUCAGCCUUUCCCACAGCAUCUGCUCAACUGCACCCAGUUCCCCAGCUGCCUUCUCCCUAUCCUCACCCUUCCCUAGGGCCCCUCUUCUGUAUAAUAUGAGGCCCAUGUCUGUCACAAGAUGCCCUGGGGCAUCUUGUAUCUCUGAAAACUAGUUACUGGAUAAGUUGGUAUUUUGUAAUAGAAACAGCCACGGUCUAACCAAGCUUUGAUAAUCAGAAGGGACAGUCCCCUUGGGCUGGUAAUCACGCUUGAUAUUAUGAGGUUGAAGUCAGUUUGCCAUUUUAUGUAGGCAUGCUCCCUGUGGCAGGUGCCACAAGCCUUCUUCAUGUUUGUGCUAUGGACCAACUGACACACUCAGGAUCAAAAAAUGUAGGUGGCAUUCUUAUUUCUCAGUUCAACAUAGAAUUCAAAAAGCUAAGAGAAAGAGGAAGAAAGAGAAGCCUAAACAUUAUAUGAGAUUUAACUAGAGAUGGAUCAACCAUAAAUAGUUGGAGGCACACACGUUGAAUGAGGAAGAAUUUGAGAGCUGUGGUGUAGGCCCACCUCUGCCACCUUGCUAGUUACAUGACUUUGGACAUGACCUCUCUAGGUCUCAGUUUGAAUGAGAGGUUAGACCAGAAUGAUUUCUAACUUCCUUUCAGCCUUAGCAGUCAAUAAUGCUAAUUUUUGUGAUACAAGAAGCUGAGUCAAAGUUGGCAUUGGUAAGAGCACAACUGAGUAAGAAAAACUCAUCAGAAUUCUUGAAAGGGAAAAGAAGAAAGGAGAGAAAGAGGGAGGGAAGGAGAGAUGGAGGGAGGGUGGGAGGAAUAAAAGGUACUGAUUCAGAAGUCUCUUUCACACACACAAACACACAUACAAGCACACCAUCACACACACGCAUGCACGCACACCACAC